GGGAAAUUCUGGAAGGUGGGAAAGGUGGCGCCAAUCUGCAGAGUCUAUAUAAAGGGAGCUUUCCCGGUCAUGCUAUUCCACGCCGCCUUUUCCUCCAUCAACUGGCCACUCUCAUUACAAGACUUGAGCAAGCCAGCACCUGUACCAGCACUACCGCGGAAGUAUUUGUAUUGUAAGGUCUGUCUACACAAUACCAUAUAGAAUCUUAAGAAACAUGGCAGACAAUAAUAGAAAAUUCAUAUUGGAAAUCCUUGAAGACUUGAGCUUGACUCAAAUGGGGAAACUCGAAUUUUUACUCAACGAUGGUCAAAUAACAAAAAAUCGGCUAGAGAAUCUUGAUGCAAAAAAGGCAGCAGAAUUAUUGAUGACUACUUCUUACACACCUCUAAAAACACUUAGUUGGUGGCUGGAGCAGAUUCCCAGAAUUGAUCUUAUUCAAAACAUCAGUGCUAAAAUUGAAGCUGACAUGAAGAAUAAAGGUGAAGCUCAAAAUAAUGAAAACUUUGUAUUAAUAAAAUCCUGUCCAGGAAGCAGUGGCCGUCCACCAUAUACUGGUAAAUACACACUUUUUGAUCUGGAAGACUAUGCAACAAAGAAUCAAGACCAACUAAUAAUGCACCUAGAAAACAUCCUUGAACCUGCUGGAUUUAAUGCACUGAAAAAACAGCUGAUGUCUAGUGUGCUGAAAAAGUUUCUUCCAUUUACUGCUCAGAAAUAUUACGACUUGUUUAAAAACAAUGAACUCAAAGAAUUUUUGAAAAAUAUUAAUGGUCAAUCAAAAAAAAUACCUGUGAAACUUUUAAACGUUCUGUUCUCUCAGAAAAAAACCAACCAUAAAAGAAAGUUCAAGGAACCAAUCCAGACAGAAGGCAAAAUUAAUUUGAAAAAGAAGCAGUCUAUUGAUGAUGAUGAUUAUGAUAAUAUGCCAGAUAAAGCUCCACUUACAAUUGAAAAUGAAAAUACCCCGAAUCAUCCACUUGAACAUAAACCUGGUAAUGAAGAUAGUGAUGUGAUAGAAGGGCAUUGGCCAGAUAAAGAUUCCAGAAUGGCCAUUGAACAUAAACCUGGUAAUGAAGCUAGUGAUGUGAUAGAAGGGCAUUGGCCAGAUAAAGAUUCCAGAAUGGCCAUUGAACAUAAACCUGGUAAUGAAGAUAGUGAUGUGAUAGAAGAACAUGGUCUGGAUAAAGAUUCCAGAAUGGCCAUUGAGAGAUGGCAUGAAAAAAAAAAGAAUAAUUACAGCGAAAGAAUAUCUUUCAAUUACAUUUGCAGUCAUGAGCACCAAUCAUACCCCUGCUUCAUAGCCGAGAAUGUAUUACAGUUCAAAUUGCCAGAUGACCCAAAUUAUAGUAUUCUAGCAAUUCAGGAUAAAAAAGAUUUUACAAAUUCACAAAGGCUAAAAAAGGAGGUUGAAUUUGCCUUGCAAUUUAACAUGGCUGUUCUAAAUGUUAAAUCUUCUGAAGUUAUCUCCUCUAAUGGAUUUCUUUGUGAGAUACGAGCUAAUGAUUCCUUUGCUGAAUCUGUAUCUUUUUUAAAAGAUAUUGUGGUGGAAAUUGUGCUGCCUGUUCUAGCACUGUAUAAACGGAUAAAGUUAAAUGCUUUCGAGAAUGUUCUAUAUCCUAAUAAUGAAAGCAAAUCAUCUUUCAGUCAGAAGUUGCAAGUGUAGAUUCAGUAUUCCACUGAAAAUGUCCAUUCAUUGCUUGAUUAAAUUGCAAAUGAUAAUUUGUGAUUGGAUGCUUGGCUGAGGGAGAAUUCAUGUUUCUUUGUCGUUGUCACGUUCCCCUCCCCCAUUUUUUUAGCUACAAAAAGCAGAUGUAAAAGCAGCAGCCAUGUUGAUUUCUCAAAAUUGAUUAACAUUGUAUAAAGGCAGGUAUCUCUAAUGGCGUUUACACUCUGACGAUGUUAGCAGUGGCUAACAAAAGCUUAGUGAGCAAUAUAUUUUAAAGUUCUGGAGAUCACAAUGUCUGUUUC